AUGAGCCUGUACGACGGCAAGACGUUCCGCUCGGCCUCCAACACGGCCAACGGCGAAGUCGGCGCCGAGACGCUCUUCCACUACCACCAGGACGGCAACAUUGUGUGGGCCGAGUACGGAGGCGGCUCCAUCGUCCGCGGCACGCUGAUUGCUACCGUGGCGAGCGCCGAUAACAGCCUGGAUAUGCGAUAUCAGCAUGUCAACCGCGAGGGCGAGCUCAUGACGGGGCAAUGCCGGUCUAAGCCAGAGGUGUUGGAGGAUGGACGGUUGAGAAUGCAUGAGAAGUGGAUGUGGACGAGUGGGGAUCGGUCUGAGGGAGAGUCUGUUAUUGAAGAGGUUAAGAAGGAGUAA